AUGGCCGAACAUGGAGAUGAUGCCGCAGUUCAUGCGAAGGUUCAUGAACGGCCAUUCCUCUAUUCCUGGAAUCGCCGGCUGCGGCAUUUGCACGGAAUCUCCCUGCGCAACCUCCAUGUAACGCAAACGAGUUCCAAAGGGAAGGGCAAGACGACGACGGAUGAUGAUGCGCCAUACAACCUGGUUUCCCCAGCCAGGCGUGCAUUGCAAGAGGAAGCGGGCCCACUGACACACUCGCGCUCCUUUACUAGCCUUGCCGCCGCGAUCGAUGAGGCUGCCACUCCCAGCGGCUCGCACAAAGCAGGCACCCCCUUUGAGAGGAGCGAAAAGCAACAGAGCAGGCCUAGUGGGGCCAAGAUGCGCAGAAGGAGUACUCUGCAUUGGGCCACAACAAGUCCGCGCGUGCGACAGUCGAAGCUGGAAGAUAUUGUUGUUAAACGAUUGGCUGAUACCUGGGUCUCUAUCCAUUGUGCUGGCAUUUCUGAGCCAGUCUAUAUCAGUGAGGUGAUAGAGAAAUCAAUGAAUCCGAGCUUUGCAUUCUUCGACUUGGACGAUAGCGGUGUUCGGAUCUCGAGGACUGACGACUGUACCGUUCGCGUCUGGGCACGGCCUUCAAAGACUGAAAAUUACUGUCUACUCGUCGAGCUGGAAUUGAAUCUGAGAUCUUUACAAUUCGUCGGACGAAGCUUGGAGGACUUCCAUCAUCCGUUGCCUCAGAACUGUAUCCUUUUGCAUCUGUCGGAUGGGAUUUACACCAGCUUCACGGAUCUGCCCGCCGAACCGCAUCCGACUGCUGAGCAUGCUGUUGAUCACAGAGCUGGCACUACUAAGCCUGGCUCGACUUUCGAUGCUCUGAUGCAGCUUGCGAAUCUGGAUGAGUGUCUACAGGAUGCUGUCAAAGUGCGGUCACAACUUGAGCAGGACAUCAACAGGAUCCUUGCAGAAGCCCGUGUCCUUACUGUUGAUGACACCGCACAACCCGAAGUUGAUGACGACGGUCCUCAGGUCAAGGCUGCGUUGGUUGCAGAGCAGAAACAAUUACGACAACUCAAGAAGAAGCGGGAAGACUUGCAGCACUCCCUGGAACAGCGCAAGCAGGCUCUCGUGUCAGGACGCGAAGCCCAGGAGAAGGCCCUAGCGUUGAUCGAAGCCGGAAACAGGAAGUCUAAAGAAUUAGAAGGUCGACUGAAGCGAAUCGAAGCAGAUUCUAGUGGCCAGAUCAGGCGGAUUUGUGAGUCUCUCAUGACCAUAUUUCCCAUCGAGCCGCUCAAGAACCGAACCCUCCAAUUCACCAUCCGCGGCAUCCAUCUUCCCAACUCGGUCUACAACGACACCAAUCGAGACGAAAUCGCCGCAGCGCUUGGAUUCGUCGCUCAGUUGGUGCAUCAACUGGCCCUUUACCUGUCCAUCUUCCUGCCCUAUGCUCUGGAGCCUUCUGCUUCGACCUCCUUUAUAUUUGACCCGAUUUCGAUUGGACUGAGUCAGCGCAAAUACCCACUGCAUCCAACAACAGUUCCUUACAAGUUCGAGUAUGCCGUCUUUUUGUUGAACAAAGACAUUGAGUUUCUUAUGAAUCGGCAAGGUCUGCGAGUGCUUGACAUCAGGCAUACGCUUCCCAACCUCAAGUACUUGCUUUAUGUGUUGACCGCUGGAACCGGAGAAAUGCCGGCACGAAAAGCUGGCGGCGUCAGGGGUUUGUUGGGUGGCCGCUUAACCCCAGAUAUCUUGCGGCGUACUAGCGAAGACAGUAUUCAGAGUCUCCCGGGGGAUCUCACCGGCAUGAAGAUAAAUGGCAGUGUUGUUGGCAACAAAGAGAAAGAGACUGAUCCUUUUGUAACAACAUCACCAACAAGAGGACUAACAUACAGACAGGGCUUCUCCCCACUGCCGCGCAAGUGA